AGCGCCCAAACCGGCAAAACUAAUGCCAGAAGAAAGUUAAGAUCGCCCAGGCCUCUGCAACGAAACGUCCCUCUGUCGCCCCCAAGUGCGGCUCUUGCAACAGCUGUCACCGCCGGCGCCAGUGGGACCUAAUCCAGCCCGGCAGAGGUCACAGCGGAGGAGCGAUGUCCCACCGCAGUUCUGGCAGGAGCCUCGGGCCGCCAGCACCGCAGCUGCUGCUGCUGCCCUUGCUGCUGCAGCUUCCCUGGGCAGCCGCCGUGCGCCAACAUAAGCCACCAGGAAUCUACUAUGCAACUGCAUACUGGGUACCUCAUUCGAAGUCAGUGGAAGUCAGGAACGUGCUGGACAAGACUGGGGAUGUCUACGGCUUCUACAAUGACUCCAUUACAGUCACAGGCUGGGGCAUCCUGGAAAUCAGAGCUGGGUAUGGCUCUCAGAUCCUGCCCAAUGAGAUCAUCAUGUUUCUGGCCGGCUACCUCGAGGGCUACCUCACGGCUCCACACAUGUCCGACCACUUCACGAACCUGUACCCACAGCUGAUCAAGAACCCUUCCAUCAUGGAUAAAGUGCAGCGCUUCAUGGAGAAGCAAGAUAUAUGGACUCGGAAAAACAUCAAAGAACAGAAGGAUGACCCGUUUUGGAGACACACCGGCUAUGUCAUGGCCCAGCUGGACGGGCUUUAUGUCGGAGCCCUGAAAAGGGCUUACAUUGAAAAUAUGAAGCCCAUGACGAUGGCCCAAGUUCAGUUCCUGAAUGCCGUUGGGGACCUGCUGGACCUCAUUCCCUCUCUGUCUCCCACAAAAGGCGACAACAUGAAGGUGUUCAAGAGAUGGGACAUGGGCCACUGUUCUGCUCUUAUUAAGGUCCUUCCUGGAUUUGAGAACAUCUAUUUUGCCCACUCAAGCUGGUACACGUACGCAGCCAUGCUCAGGAUCUAUAAACACUGGGACUUCAAUAUCAAGGACAAGUACACCACCAGCAGCCGGCUCUCCUUCAGCAGCUACCCAGGGUUCUUGGAGUCUCUGGAUGACUUCUACAUUCUUAGCAGUGGCCUGGUACUGCUACAGACCACCAACAGUGUGUAUAAUAAAACCCUGCUGAAGUUCGUGGUCCCUGAGUCUCUCCUGGCCUGGCAAAGAGUCCGUGUGGCCAACAUGAUGGCAGUCGGCGGUAAGGACUGGGCAGAGAUCUUUUCAAGGUACAACUCUGGUACCUACAACAAUCAGUACAUGGUCCUGGACUUGAAGAAGGUGGCCAUCAAGAAAAACCUUGACAAAGGCACUCUGUAUAUCGUGGAGCAAAUUCCUACAUACGUAGAAUAUUCGGAACAAACCAAUGUUCUAAAAAAAGGAUACUGGCCUUCCUACAAUAUCCCUUUCCAUGAAAAGAUCUACAACUGGAGUGGCUACCCGCUGUUGGUUCAGAAGCUUGGUUUGGACUACUCUUAUGACUUAGCUCCACGAGCCAAAAUCUUCAGGCGCGACCAAGGGAAAGUGAUUGAUGUGACUUCCAUGAAAUACAUCAUGCGAUACAAUAAUUAUAAGGAGGACCCCUACAGUAAGGGUGAUCCCUGCAAUACCAUCUGCUGUCGUGAAGACCUGAAUGAAGCCAGUCCCAGCCCUGGAGGUUGCUAUGACACCAAGGUGGCAGACAUCUUCCUUGCGUAUAAGUAUGCAGCCUAUGCCAUUAGUGGUCCCACAGUACAAGGCGGCCUUCCUGCCUUUAACUGGAAUCGGUUCAACAAAACUCUUCAUGCGGGGAUGCCAGAAGUCUAUGACUUCGAUUUUGUUACCAUGAAACCAAUUUUGACACAGUGAGGAUGGAGGAGGAAAAGGACGCUGUGAACACGACUCUAGAGGCACUAUAUUUAGCUCUAUUUUCCCAUCUGUACAUUUAAUAAAAAAUAUUAAA